AAAGGUGUUGGAGGGGCGUCAGAUUUCGGUCUUCUCAGGGCGUGGCGCUUGGUGUCAGCGACGCCGACCGAUUGUGCCGAAAUUCCCGGUCCGGCGGCCUUUGUGCAGCCCUCGUGCCGGAGUCAGCCGCCGUGUGGUCGCCGCGCUGUGACGUACCUCCUUUGCGCACCUGAAACUCUUUGUGCCUGCAGCCCGCGCCUUGCAGCUUAGAUGCCGCCGUCGGACGGCUUGUCCCCGAAAAUGGCAGUUUCGGUGCUGGCUGCUGCAGCAACGCAGACGUCUUCUCUAGGUAUUUUUACACUCUUCAAUUUAAGCCAUGAGCGGUUGCCUUUAUCCUCUGUUCCCCCUCCUCCACCUCCUAGUUCUCCAUCUUAUUCUUCUUCUCCGUUGUAUCCGCCCCCGACAGCUACCAUGACAACCGUUCGCAGACAAACAGCCUACUCAACGUUCCUGACUCCAUUAGGCCCGUCCCGCAACGCCGGCUCCAACCAAUCCAGUCUCUCAUCGUCACCACGACAAUAUCCCACCGACUUGACGCACCCCAUCCUUGAAGAAGGCGACGAAACGGACAGCGAGGCCAUAAAUGAGCCCGUCACGCCUGUGAGCGGGCGCCAGUCGCAAGAUUUCCAAACGCUCCCGAACCAGGACGGCCACCUAGACGCGGCGCACGAACAGCUGGCGGCCGACCAGAGCGUCGCCGCUUUCGCGCCCGCCCAUCCGGGCUCGGCGCCAGGAGCCAAAACCGCCCUUGCGGUCGACCCUUCGGCGACCACCCCCUCCAGAGCGCCUCGGAGUCCCCAACAAGCCCCGCAAUCAGCGCGUCCAGCAACUCCCGCACCAACAACCUCAACUCUGGCCGACCAAGAUGUCCCUCCACCGCCCUCUUCGAGACGCUCGACGUUUGGCUCAGCUUCUUCGAGUUUCAGGCGUACCAUGUCCAGUUUUCUAAAGCGUGUCGGUUCAGACAAGGCUGCUCUUACCGCCGAGGCUGGGGACUCUGCCACUGCUUCGGCGCUAAGUCUGUCUGAUGCGGCCCACCGGAAGCUGCCAACCCGUCGGUGGUCGAUGAAUAGGAGCUCGGCUACUACUCGCUCCAACACACCACCGUCGCCCAGCUCGCCGCUCGAGAUGGCCAUCAAGACCAUGGAGGAGGCGUCGCAGCCCACGGUACCGGGCUCCGAUGCCUUCUUCAAGAAGAAGUCGCGUGCGUCGACAGGAUUCGCAUUGCGUUCCUCCCGCCCCGCCGCUAAAGACGCAGCAUCGAGAGAGGGGCUGCACCCGAGGCGGCGUGCGAGCAGUUUCGAUUAUUCGAAGCAGAGGAAGCACGUGGUGGGAGACCCCGAGAAGACGGUUCACAUGGAGAGGUCUCUAUGGGGGCUUCCGGCGGAGACGGGAACAGGUGUGAAAGCGCGCCGGAUGAGCCUGAGCUUACCUGACGAUUUUACCGUCGACGUGGUCGAGCUGUCGUCCGAAUUCGAAUACCAACACAAGCUGCUGGGACGACACGGGAAACAUCUCGGCAGGGGUGCGACCUCCAAGGUUACCCUCAUGGUCAGCAAAAACGGGGGUGAGCUGUACGCCGUCAAGGAGUUCCGAGGCAAAUCUUCAAGCGAGACACGAGAGGAGUACGAGAAGAAGAUCAAGUCGGAGUACACACUGGCCAAGAGUCUGCACCACCCUAACAUCGUCGACACCGUUCGGCUUUGCAUCGAUCACGGCCGCUGGAACCAUGUGAUGGAGUAUUGCGAGGACGGCGACUUGUUCACGCUGGUCAACAAGAAAUACCUCAAGACCGAGGAGAGGGAAAAGGACCGCUUGUGUCUGUUCAAGCAACUGGUCACGGGCAUCCACUACCUCCACUCGAACGGCAUCGCCCACCGCGACAUCAAGCUCGAGAACCUGCUCAUAACGAAGGAGUGCCGGCUCAAGAUCACGGACUUUGGCGUGUCGGAGGUCUUCUCGGGCAUCCACCCCGGGCUCAGGGAGGCUGGCGGGCAGUGCGGCAAGAACAUGGGCGAGGUGCGGCGCUGCGCGCCGGGCAUCUGCGGCAGUAUACCGUACAUCUCUCCAGAGGUGCUCAAGAAACAGGGCGAUUACGACCCCCGCGGCUUGGAUGUCUGGAGCGCGGCCAUCGUCAUGGUGAAUCUCAUCUUUGGCGGGCCAUUGUGGCACAAGGCUGAAGUCGCGGAGAACGCGUCGCCGAAGGAUAACUACGCCAGUCUGGUCCGUGGAUGGGAGAAGUGGAGGGAAAGCCACCCUGACGAUUCCGACACGCCGGUCACGGAGAUGGAUUACCCCCACGUGUUCGUGUUCGACACGUUUGUCAAGCCGCCGGCCCUUCGACGAGUCCUCCUCCAGAUGCUCAACCCCGACCCGGAGAAGCGCAUCUCGAUUGCGGGCGUGGUCAACAAUCGCUGGGUGAAGAACAUCGAGUGCUGUCAGACCGACAGCUUCGAUGAGCCCAACGGCGCAAAUAUGAUCGACGCCACCAAGAAGCUGUGCCAGCAGCGGGUGAGCGGCAAGAAGAUCUAUUGCCACAACCACCUCCCACCCAAAGACGUGUUCCACGGCAGCCAUUCUCUGGGCAAGAUGCCUGGCAGUGCCGGCUACUGAGCCGCGAGACGAUGGGCUCUUGAGGCAGCAGCGAGAGCCGAUCGAUCUUGGGGCAUCAUGAGUUUCUGUUCUGUUUUUUUUUGUUCCUUUUUUGGGUCAACAACAUACAUAUCGUUUGGCCUGGACGGGUGUGGUUCGGGGGCCAAUGUGAGAAACAUAACACGGCGUUUACGGGGAUGGUCAAGGUGCAUACAUCAUCACAUCAAGG